AUGUCGACGCUCUGCUCGCCGCCGCGGCCCGCCUCGCCCGGCCUCAUCCACUCGCUCACCCUCUCCCUGCCGCUCCCAACGCCGGUGCACGCCGAACGUCUGCAGCGCAUUCUCGCCGUCGACCUGCCCCAACGGUCGCGCGACGUGCAUCUCACCUACACCGUGCCCUCUGCGCCGGUGACUGGGGCGCCCGCAGCGCCCGCCGCGCCGGCGGAGCUGCUCGUGCACCUGCGCACCCGCUCGCUGCGCCAUCUGCGGCUGGCCGCCGGCACGCUGUGCGAGGAUGCGCGCCUCAUCAUCGACACCAUGGCGUCGUGCGAGCCGGAGGUGCAGGGCACGCAGGGAGAUGCUGGAGCUGCAAAUGGCGGGCAGGGCGCAGCUGCGGACAAGGACGGCGAGGUCGAGCUGGGCAGCAUCGGGCGCGCAGGAUGA